CAACCUACCUACCAACCUCCACUCAAAGAAGAAAAAAAACCAACCAACCAACCUAACUCCUCUGUCAAAAAAAAAAAGAAGAAGAAAAGAAGACCAAAGUUGUCUUGAACUAACCACCCCCACUGCUUUCUCCAUUUUUCUACUUGGGAAUUCCUUAUUCUCCUCUGCUGGGUCAGUGAUUCUUUUCGACUUGGAAAAUGUCAUCGUCUUCCCUCAAGCAAUCUCAGGUCAUCACCUGCAAAGCUGCGGUGGCGUGGGGAUCUGGUCAACCAUUGGUGAUGGAAGAAGUGGAAGUGAGUCCUCCUCAACCUAUGGAGAUUAGGGUCAAAGUUGUCUCCACUUCUCUCUGCCGCACUGAUAUCACCGCUUGGGAAUCUCAGACUAUAUUUCCUCGGAUAUUUGGCCAUGAAGCAUCAGGGAUUGUUGAGAGUGUGGGGCAGGGAGUAACUGAAUUUAGUGAGGGGGAUCAUGUGCUUACAGUAUUCACAGGAGAAUGCAGCACAUGUAGACAGUGUAUAUCUGGAAAAAGCAAUGUAUGCCAAGUAUUGGGCUUGGAAAGGAAAGGUUUAAUGCAUAGUGAUCAAAAGACACGCUUCUUCAUAAAAGGAAAGCCUGUUUAUCAUUAUUGUGCAGUUUCUAGUUUUAGUGAAUAUAUCGUUGUUCAUUCUGGAUGUGCUGUCAAAGUCAACUCAGAUGUUCCUCUGGAGAAAAUAUGCGUUCUAAGUUGUGGAGUAGCUGCAGGUCUGGGUGCUGCUUGGAAUGCUGCUGAUAUAUCGAAAGGAUCAACUGUUGUGAUAUUUGGUCUUGGAACUGUAGGCCUUUCUGUUGCACAAGGUGCCAAGCUUAGGGGAGCAUCUAGAGUAAUUGGUAUAGACACAAAUCCUGAAAAAUUUGCAAAAGCAAGUGGUUUUGGAGUCACAGAAUUUUUCAAUCCUAAUGACUGCAGUGAACCCAUUCAGCAGGUUAUUAAGCGUGUUACGGAUGGAGGAGCAGAUUACUCUUUCGAAUGUAUAGGUGACACUGGAAUGAUCACAACAGCAUUGCAAUCAUGCUGCGAUGGAUGGGGUGUAACUGUCACACUUGGUGUGCCAAAAGUAAAGCCAGAAGUAUCUGCUCACUAUGGAAUAUUUCUAUCUGGGAGAGCAUUAAAAGGAUCUCUAUUCGGAGGAUGGAGACCGAAAUCGGACCUUCCAUCAUUAGUUGACAUGUACAUGGAAAAGAAAAUUCAGAUCGACGAGUAUAUAACACAUAAUCUGACAUUUGAGGAUAUCAACAAAGCUUUCGAUCUCAUGAAAGAGGGCAAGUGCUUGCGUUGUGUUAUCCACAUGUGAAAGUAAUUUCUUCUUGGUUUAACAAAAUCAUAAAAACCAGAAACUGCAAUGAGAAAUAUGGUCAAUUUAUGAUUUUUUUCAACUUUAAACACUAUAAAGAAGACUACUCUUGUCAAUUAUGGUAUUGCCUCAUUUAAAAUCUCCUCAUGAAGCUAUUAAAUCUUCUGGUUUAUCAA